AUGAUUCUUGAUGCAUUACCUCCACCGAUUCUCCCAUACAGAACCAAUCUAUUCCCUUCUGCAAUCCCAAGUUCCCAGCGUUUCCUGUCCAGUCAUAAAAUAAGCAUCAGAAGCCAUACGGUCUUUUGUGCUCAUAAUGCGCAAUACCUGCUUGACAAAAUGCCUAACAGACCCUCAAAGGUGUCUUCAUGGCCUUCUCUCAUCCUUGACAGCACCAAAGGUGGUUGUUUUUCGCAAGCAUUCAGCAUCUUCAGUGAAAUGUUGAAGUCUGAUGACAAACCAGAUGAAUUUGUGCUUGGAAGUCUCCUUAAGGCUAGCUCUGGGCUCUCUGAUUUGUGCAUUGGAGAGCAGCUUCAUGCAAAGGCCAUACGGUUGGGACUUGCAUCGGAGCGUGGUGUCCGGACAUCUCUUAUAGCCAUGUACUCUAAUUGCGGGUUCUUGAAACUUGCUCGUCAGGUAUUUGAUGAUGUGCCUUUUGUUCAUGUGACUGAUGUGCCAACAUGGAAUUGUUUGAUCUCAGUUUAUGUUUCGCAUGGACAGUACGAUAUUUGUUUUUGUGUGUUCUCUUAUAUGCUUAGUAUGGGUCACUUAGCCCCGACUGAUGCUACUUAUGCUAGCAUUAUUAGUGCAUGUGCAUCAGCGGGUGAGAUUGAGAUUGGAAGGAUGACACAUGCGAUGAUCGUCAAAGACAAAACGAUUGACAAAACAAUGUUGCUCAAUUCUCUUAUUACCAUGUAUUCAAAGUGUGGUGAUCUGGACAGCGCGAAUAAAGUUUUCCAGAGAGUGGAAAAAACAAACAUAGUAUCAUGGAAUGCGAUGAUUGCUGGGUUUGGGCAGAAUGAAGAGUUUAACCUUGCACUCAAAUCGUUCCGUGAAUUGACAAGAUUUGAUCAACAAGUGCCUGUGAAGCCAAAUCGAAUAACAUUUCUCAGUGUGUUAAGUUCAGUAUCGGGUUGUACAGCUUUGAAAUUAGGGAGGGAGGUUCAUGCACAGGUAAUUAAAACAGGUCUUGAAAUUGAUACCAGUAUAGGAAAUGCCCUAGUCACAAUGUAUGGGAAGUGCAGUGAUGUGAUAAAAUGCAGGUUGGUUUUCGAUAGAUUACUUUUCCGGAAUGUGAUUACUUGGAAUUCAAUGCUUUUUGGAUAUGCUCAAAACAAUCAACUGGAAAACUGUAUUGAGCUGUUCAAGGAAAUGAUAGCACUAGGAAUCAAGCCCGACAAUCAUACUGUAACAAUUCUUCUUAAUACCCUGUCAUCAGUUACACCAAUUUCUGAUUGUUCCAUGUUGAUCAGGGAGAUACAUGGAUAUUUGUUGAGAAGAUCAAGAUCAGGAUUGUUGAAUAUAGCUGCAUAUAAUGCAAUCAUAACAAUGUAUGCCAAGUGUGAGAUGUUACAUGAAGCAGAAAAGCUCUUCAAUUGGAUGAGCAAGCAUGAUUCGUACUCUUGGAAUGCAAUGAUAGAUGGCUAUUCAUCAAAUGGUUACUAUGAUGAAGCUAUCGCGUUCUUUGUAUAUAUGCAGGAGCAAGGCUUGAAAUGCGAUCAUUUAACUUUUUCAAUCCUUCUGACGGCCUGUGGCAGAUUGGCUUCUGCUGAGCUUGGCAAGCAGAUUCAUGCUUUUACUCUAAAACAUCACUUCCCUCGUUGCCAACACCAAUCUCGUCUAUUGUCAGUCAACAAUGCCUUAGUGGCUAUGUACUCGAAGUGUGGGAGCAUCAGUGAUUCAACCAAAGCUUUUCAUCAUAUGGCGAAGAAGGAUGUAUUCUCAUGGACAGGCAUGAUCACGGCAUAUGCACAUCACAGCAUGGUCUAUGAAUCCUUCGAAUGCUUUGAGAGAAUGAAAAGAAACGGCAUUGAACCAAAUUCUGUCACAUUUCUUGGACUGCUUACUGCUUGUGCUCAUGCAGGUCUUGUCAAGGAAGGAACACAAUACUUCAAUUCAAUGAUUGAAAUAUAUGAUGUUAAUCCAAAUGUCGAGCAUUAUGCUUGCAUGGUUGAUCUUUAUGGCCGUUCAGGUGAUUUUGAGAGAGCAGUAAAGAUGAUUGAGACAGGGAUAUUACAGCUAGACUUGAGGCAAAAUUCUUGUGUACCCUUGUUGAAAGCACUGCUUGGGGCAUGCCAUGCACACAAUCAACUUGAACUUGGGGUUCAAGUGGCAAGACUAAUUUUAGAGCUUGAUCCUGAAGAUGAGACUUCACAUGUCCUCCUGUCAAACCUCUAUGCUUCUGUUGGAAUGUGGGAAAAUGCAAUAACUGUGAGAAACAUGAUGAAAGCGAAGGGACUGAAGAAAGAAGCUGGAUGUAGCUGGGUAGAACUUGAGAACAGAAGGCAUGUCUUUGUAGCAGGAGACUGUAGUCAUCCUGACAGAAAGCGGAUAUAUGAUAAGUUAGCAGAAUUGGAUGAAAAGUGCCGAUUAAUCGGUUACAUCCCAAUGACUAAUUUUGUUCUUCAUGAUGUUGAUGAGGUGCAAAAGGAAGCAAUUCUUAGUUCUCACAGUGAGAAGUUGGCUGUAUCUUUUUCUGUAUUACAGAAUGGAAGAAGAAAAGGUGCCAUUCGGGUGAUAAAAAAUCUCCGAGUUUGUGGGGAUUGUCAUAAUUGGAUGAAGUUUGCUUCUAAGGUUGAAGGUCGGGAGAUCGUCUUAAGAGAUUCUCGACGCUUUCAUUUCUUCGAGGAUGGGAAAUGUUCAUGCGGAGAUUAUUGGUAA